UUAUGUUUGUCAAAAAUCAACAAAAGAAAAUUAAAAUCAUUUCAUCUUAAGUAGCAAUGGCUCUCAAGUCCUUAGUACUAACCAUUGCCAUAAUGGCAGUGUUAUCUUCAAUGAGCCAUGCAGGUGAACCUAGCCCUCUUCAGGAUUUCUGUGUUGCUGUUGACGAUGCCAAAAAUGCUGUUUUUGUAAAUGGAAAAUUUUGCAAAAAUCCAAUGCAAGUUGUGGCGGAUGAUUUCUUUGAGUCAGGGCUAAAUGUACCCGGUAAUACUUCAAAUCCACUUGGAUCUGUGGUGACUCCUGUGAACGUCAACCAAUUACCUGGACUCAACACUUUUGGCGUUUCAUUAGUCCGUAUUGAUUAUGCACCAUAUGGUCUCAACCCACCACACACACAUCCUAGAGGAACCGAGGUUCUUACUGUCUUUGAGGGCACGCUAUAUGUUGGUUUUGUCCUAUCAAACCCUGGUCCAAAUAUGAAGAACAAGCUCUUUACCAAGAUUCUACAUCCUGGGGAUGUGUUUGUCUUCCCAAUAGGUCUCAUUCAUUUCCAAUUUAAUGUGGGAAAGAUUAACGCAGUUGCAUUUGCUGGACUGAGCAGUCAAAAUCCAGGAACCAUUACUAUUGCAAAUGCAGUAUUUGGCUCAGACCCACCAAUCAGUGACGAUGUUCUUGCAAAAGCAUUCCAAAUUGAUAAGAAAGUUGUGGAUUACCUCCAAUCACAAUUCUGGUGGGAUAACAAUAUAUAACUAAAACAUAAUUUCAAAAAAUAUAUGAUCUAUAAAUAGUUAUGGUUUUGUGAACUACUUGUGUCACAAAAUUAUUAAAUAAGUAUUGAUCAUAUCGACUGGUUUUCCUAGCUCCCUCUCCAUUUUAGUGUGAUGUUAUUGGAGGAGGAUAUGUUUCUUACUUAUUUUUUGUGAUGGAAUAAAAUAAGUUUGUUGUUUGUGAUA